CGCAAAAAUGCGAGCUGACGAGUCCUCGACAGCGUGUCUUCGACAGGUCCAGUGCCGCUAAUGAGGUAUCUGCUUCUGUUGACGCUCGCCGCAGCCUCGCCCUCGCCUCCGCCGCCGUCGACAUCGCCCUCCCCUCCGCCGCCGGCGGCCUCGCCCUCGGAGCCGCCACCGUCUGCCUCGCCAUCACCUCCGCUGGGAGGGGGAGCGUGCAACGCUACCGCGCAGUGCGGUUCCUCCCAUUACUGCAGUUUCCUGCAGAGCAUGUCAUGCGACGACCUCGUAGCCCAGACUCUGCUACUAUCAUGUCCGCAGUGCGACGGAUGCUGCGUGGAGGCACCGCCUUCCCCGCCGCUGACGCCACCGCCGCCGUCGGCCUCGCCCUCGUCUCCGCCUCCAUCCCCGCCUUCUGCGCCUCCCCUCUCCGAGCAGCUCGGCUGCACCUUUGACUUGGACAAAUGCUUCUGGACCGACACCGCGCCGGCCGGGUACCGUUGGACCCGCACGAGCGGCGGCACGCCAUCGUCAUACACAGGCCCGAGCGGCGACCACACCACCGGCUCGGGCUCCUACCUCUACACCGAGGCCUCUAGCCACUACAACAAGCUGCACCGGCUCGAGAGCCCGCUCUUCUCGCUCCAGCAGGACGCCACCCUCUCCUUCUUCUACCACAUGCACGGCUCGGACAUGGGCACCCUCUCCGUCGAGGCGCACGUGGAUGGCAGCGGAUGGUCGACGCUCUGGAGCAGGAGCGGCAACAAGGGCUUUGCCUGGCUCGACGCGUCGGUCGUCCUGCCCGCCUCCACGACACAGGUGCGUUUCAACGGCAGGACCGGAUGGGACUACGCGUCGGACAUGGCGCUGGAUGACGUCUCCUUCUCGCAGUUUGCGCCGCCGUCGUCGCCACCUACCGCGCCCCCUCCGCCCCCUCCGCUGCCGUUGCCGCCCUCUCCCGCAUCUCCGCCCCAGCUUCCUCCGUCUCCGCCCGCCCCGCCGCCCCUCUACAACAUCGUUGAUUCAGGCCUCUGCCCGCACGCCAUCUCCUCCGAGCAAGACUGCGAGCAGGCGGCGGUGGAGCUCGGGCUGCAGCACCGCCGGGGAGAGAGGCUGUCGUCGCACCCUGGGGGCUGCCUCAAACAUUCAUACAACAGCUUUUACUACGGCUACUACUAUGACUACGUCUUCUACAAUGAGGAAGGCUACCACAGUCCGUCCGCUCCGCCUCCGCAGUGCAGCUCCACAUACAGCUGCGUCUGCGGCCCCGCCUCGCCGAGAGCGCCGCCGCCGAGCCCGCCGCUGCCUCCGCCGUCGAGCCCGCCGCUGCCUCCGUACGGGCCGGCGACUCGGCACGUCAUCACCGUGAGCGCCGGAGAGUUCGGAACCGAGCAUAGCUGGAAUCUUCUCUGCCGCGAGCAGCAGGUGCUGGAGAUGGCGCGGGGCGGCUCGAGUGGGGAGCGCACCUUCUUCGUGGACGUGUCUCCAGGCGUGCCCUGUGUGCUCCAGAUGUACGACGACGGCUGCGACGGCUGGGACGGCAUGACGUGGAGCGGGCUCGGGCAGGAGGGCCUCACCUUGCAUCAGGAAGAGUGCGAAAUCCAGUGUUACCUGCAGAUGAAGCCGGAGCCGGUCUGCUCCAAGAGCGUCCCCUUUCUCGCGGCCCCCUCCCCCCCGUCCCUGCCAUCGACUCCGCCGCAUGCGCCUCCGCCGCCGCCGGCCAUCCCACCGUCGCCCCCCGAUCUGCGUUUGCAGCCAAGCUGCGUCCCGGCCGGCUCGCCCAGCGCCGUCGUUGUCGAGGGCACUUUCGUCGGCGUGAACGAGUGGCUCGUACUGAUGCCCGCGGGGAGCAAGGACUGCGACGGCGCGACGCAGGCGCGCAGCACGCAGGGCGGCCAGAUGAGCGCGAACGGUUCGGUGCCUGUCUGGCUGCCAGCGGCGGGGACAUACAAGGUGUGCCACUCCUCACAGCAGAGUCCGGACGACGACGGCGACUUUGUGGUCGUGUCCCAUGUCUUGCAGAAGGCCUGCCUACCUCCCAACGCCCCACCGGCCCCGCCGACGUCGGACGAGCCCAUUCCCGUGGAGCCGCGGUCGACGACUGCCACCGUUGCCUACACCGUUGCCGCCACCGUGGGCGUCUGCGCGGCGGCCGUCUUUGUCGCCCUCGCCGCGCGCCACGUUUGCCGGAAGACCCAGUCCGCCAAUAGCCCGCCAGAGCUGAGCGACGCCGGGGCGUUGGCGCGAGAAAUCUCCGAGGCACUCCAGCCGGGCAACCAGCAGCCCCGGGGGCGGAUCCGCGUGGAGAUCUCGCCGAUGGUGCGAGCCGGCGGCGGCGUCGAGUUUGCGGCGACGGCUCCCGUGAAGCCCGGCAUCACGCAAGACUCGGCCUCAGCGGCAUCGCUGUCGGGCAGCCGCGUCGCGCGCGCCCCGCUGCUUGCGUGCUCCACCAGCGCCCCGCCCCAGCCGCCGCCUCCGCGCGCGAGCGGGCCGAAGCCGACCACGGCGAGGGUGAAGCCGACGCGCUCGUCUUCGGACCUCGGAGCCGAGGCGUGCGGCGUCAAGAACGACCACGUCGUCGUGAAGGAGGAGGCCACCACCAAGGAGGCCGCCGCCAAGUCCGCCGCCGCCCCCGAGGUGUCCGCCGCCGUGGAGGCAGUCGCCGAGGAGGCGCCCGUCGCGGAUGGUUGGUUGGAGACGGAGGUGUAGAAGUGGUGUGCCACUGUCGCCGAGGAGGCUGCCAAGGAGGUCGAGAAGCCGGCCAAGACCGUUUCCAACACGCCCGACCCAGCGGUGGGGGUGGGGAGGUGCCCCUAGCGGCUUGACGGAGCGGCGCGUGGGGGGGGCUGCCGGAGGGUGAGUGGGGGUGGGUGGGGGUGGGGUGGGCCGGGGGUCUGAGCAGCACUGGGUACACGCUUUCGCCACUGGUGCGCGUGAUGCGGGCGGUCGGAGGAGAGAGGGCGCCUGCCGUCCUGAUAGUAAACGACAUGGCCUUACCUACUCUUGUGCGGGUUAGCUGUUAUGGGGAAUUUGUUUACACCAACCCGCAACUC